GGGUUGUGACGUCACUAAAGCUACCGCCCACGCGCCGCUGGAAAAGCCAAUGAGAGCCCGAGGUGCGAGCGUCUCUCGCACGCUUUCCUCUCGCGGCCGGGAGGGGGGAGGGAGGAGGAGCGAGAUUGAAGCAACGAACGCCUCCCCCCCCCCCCACAUCUAAGGAAGCGGGACGUGGAAGCCUCUCGCGAGUGACGUGCCCAAUGGGAGGAGAGCGAGAGGGCGGCUCCGCCCCUUCCCCGCGCGAGAAAGGGAGGGGCGGAUGCUGCGCGAUGACGCAGAUUACCUCUCCAAAGAGGCCAUGGCGCGACGUAUGCGCAAUAGUAGAGCUUGGCGCUAUGUUCUGAGUGGAGUGCGCCGAGAAUCGGAUACACGGACUUUUCCAACGGCUUCUGGAACCCAUGGCUGGUCAUCUGACACUGAUGGACAGCAGCACAGCGACUCUGAUUCAGAAUCAGAAUUUCCUUCUCAGUUGCCUUCCAUCCCUACAGCUAUACCUGUGACAGGAGAGUCUUACUGCAACUGUGAGAACCAGAACGAAACUCCAUAUUGCUCUAACUUCCACAUGGCUCAUCGGAUGAAAGAUUGCCAGUGUGGAGAGGAAGAUGAUUAUUUUGACUGGGUAUGGGAUGAAUUGAACAAAUCGGCGAAUACUCUUUUGACUUGUGACAAUCGUAAGGUGAAUUUCCACAUGGAUUACAGUUGUGGUACUGCUGCCAUCCGGGGGAACAAGGAACUAGCAGAGGGUCAGCACUUCUGGGAAAUCAAGAUGACCUCACCCGUCUAUGGCACUGACAUGAUGGUGGGAAUUGGAACAUCAGACGUGAACCUGGAUAAAUUCCGUCACACAUUCUGUAGCCUGUUGGGAAAAGAUGAAGACAGCUGGGGUCUUUCCUACACAGGACUCCUCCAGCACAAGGGGGAACGGAGCAAUUUUUCAACAAGGUUUGGGCAGGGCUCCAUUAUUGGGGUGCAUCUGGACACAUGGCACGGAACUUUAACCUUUUUCAAAAACAGGAAGUGUAUAGGUGUGGCUGCCACCAAGCUCCAGAACAAGAGGGUGUACCCGAUGGUGUGCUCGACUGCAGCCAAAAGCAGCAUGAAAAUCAUCCGCUCCUGUGCUACCCCCACCUCCCUGCAAUACCUCUGCUGCUACCGUCUCCGCCAGCUGCUUCCUGACUACGUGGACACGCUAGAGGUGCUCCCCCUCCCUCCAGGACUCAAGCAGAUUUUGCACAACAGACUGGGCUGGGUGUUGAGCAUGAACUGUGGCUCGCUCCAGUCCUCCUCCUCCUCCUCCUCUUCCUCCUCCUCCUCCUCUACCUCCUCAGGAAGCGAUUCAGACAACUCUUGCGGCUCAGAUGCUGAGGCACGCCAUCGGAAGAGAUGCCGGUGGAGGACUUAAUUUAUUUCCCCCCCUUCGAAAGACAGUGUUGUCAUGAAGGAUAGGCUGUUCCCUCAGUGUUACCGAGUGACAUUUUACCUUCCCGACUGUAUCCUAUUUGAACACUAAAGCCCAUUUCAAUCUACCAUUAAAGAGACAAAGCACUUUCCACAGCUUCAUUGUAACCACGUGGCCAGCAGGUCAUCAACUCUGGUUUGCCACGUUUCCUGGAACAGGUUGUUCGAAUGUCAGGCUUUCGGCAGCCCCGUGUAUCAAUAAGUAAUCCUUCCUGCAGCCAAAGGAAUGCUUAGAGAAACCUCAAAAGCUACCACAACGUGCUAUGUGAAUUGCAGUAAAGGGCUCCAGUGUUUUGGAGCCGAGGAGCAAGCAGGCUCGCCUCGAUUUUCAGUGCUUUGGUAUUCAGAAGAGAAGGUUAACCUUUGACAGCGUAAGUGGUAUCAUGUGAGCCCUGCAACUCUUCAACCUUCUUUGCAUGUCUAUUACUUCUCCUGUAUUGAACUAUACCCAAAUGAAUUAAAAUAUAUGCAGACUUUGA